UCAGAAAAGAGAUAGUGAGUUCAAUGUAUAAUAAUUACUAAUAGUUACUAUGUUAUUUUCAUGUAAUGAAGGUUCCAUGGCAUGUGAGGACGCGGGAGAAAUCGCCACAAACUUAUGGUACAGCCAGGCCAAAAACUACAGCUACUCAGACCCAAGGCUCAAUGCUGACACUGACACUUUCACUCAGGUAAUAUGGAAGGACACAAAGGAAGUUGGAAUUGGAUGCGCUAAAAGCUCUAUUACUCAAUCAGGGCCCAUGUACGUCGUAGCUCUUUAUAAACCCGCGGGAAAUAUCCCGAAGCUUUUGCGUCAGAAUGUGUUUGAGCCCGGUCCGCGUGGGAAUGAUCCAGACGUCUACUCCACACUGUUUAGACGGCAUUUCGAAAAGGCGAGGAGCCUGGGACGAAUUCAACGAAAACGUUGGCUCGAGGGCGCAGAAACGCCGGUUCGAGAGCGGAACAAGUUGAAAGACUAAGAUUUAUCGGUCCAGCUCUUUCUCCUGUAAAUUAAAGGUUGCCUUGGAUGUCGUAAAUAAGUCAGGGUGACGAGAAAAAGGAAAAAAACCUGCAUUUUUGUCGUUUUGUAUGGCUCUUUUCAUUGAAAUAGUCCAGUGUAAGCAAUGGGAACAAGCCCACGGGACUCCAAAGGAGAACAUUGGCCAGCAUGACGUCACAUGUUUACGUCAUAUUACCUAGUGAAUAACCACGGGUUCCUUCAGUUCUCAGAAACAUUCCACGUGUGUCUCACAACCAAGUUGUGUAUUUGUAAUAAGUGGUGAAUAAAAUUGAAAACUUUUGUGUAAACAGCUUCACACUAAAACUGCCACUCCAUGAAGCCAUGCAACACAGCCUCGAAUUGACUAACUUGACUUUUUCUUGAAUUUUAAUAAAACCUUCAUAUUUUUGUUGUG